UCAAGGCCAGGUUGGAUGGGGCUUUGGGCAAGUUGGGCUGGUGGAGGGUGUCCCUGCCCAUGGCAGGGGUGGCACUGGGUGGGCUGGGAGGUCCCUUCAACCCAAACGAGGCUGGGGUUCUCUGACGUCUCCGGCAACGCCAUCGCCCAGCUGGGGCCGCUGGCCGCCCUCAAGGCCCUCACCGUCCUCAACCUCUCCCGCAACCGCAUCGCCAGCUUGGAGCCGCUCGGCUCCUGCCACAACCUCCAGAGCCUCAACCUGGCCGGUAACCGGGUGAGCAGCCUGCAGCAGCUGCGGUGCCUGACGGGGCUGCGGCGCCUGGAGAGCCUGCGCCUGCGCGACCCCCUCGCCCGCCUCGCCAACCCGCUCUGUGCCGCCCCGGCUUACCGCGCUGCCUUGGCGGACAUGUUCCCCGGCCUCAAAGCCAUCGACGGCGAGCGGGUGUCCGGUCGGGGCAGCGAGCUCUACCGGCUCUGCCGGGAUCUCGACAGCUCGCUGGGGCGCGGUGGCGUCGUCCCUGCGUGUGUGUGUGUCACCCACAUCACCGCUGUGUCGGGGGCACCCGCAUCCCUGCAGCAGGGUCGGGGGGGGACGUGGGGAGCACCCGCCCCCCGAGCCCAGCCGAGCCGAGCCGGGCGGAGCGGAGCGGAGCGGCAGGACUACAGCUCCCGUGCUGCACCGGCGGCGGGCGGCCCUCCCGGGCUGACGCGGCCGGCGGCUCCCGGGGCCGCCUUUGUCCCUGCCCGCGGCCCGGCCGGGCUGGCGGCGCGGCCCCGGCGCAGGGCCCCUCUGUCCUUGCUGCGCCGGCGCGGCUGCUCACGGGACAGGCCUCUCCUGCGGAACCCGGAGCAUCCCACCGCCGUCUUCCCGCACAAGUAGCUGUAUACCUGCCUCCGUCUGCCCGCCGAGAGCCAGCGGCACGCCGGACUCCAGGCCGCUGCGGCAAGAUGUCGGUGACCUUUGAGGACGUGGCCAUCUACUUCUCCCCCGAGGAGUGGGCAGAGCUGGCGGACUGGCAGCGGCGGCUCUACCGGGAGGUGAUGCUGGAGAACUACCAGGCGGUCGCCUCGCUGG